AUAAUUGUUGGCGGUCUUUGAUUCUUGUGAAGGUUGAGAGUCUUUGGCGACAGAGGCCUCGCUGUGUCCGAGCAGCGCCGCCCGUUCGCAGUGAGACCGCAGGCCUCGUUAUUUGCUGCCGCCCUCGGCCCCACUUCGCCCCGCAUUCUGCCGGCGGGGAGGCUGUGCACCUCGGUGCGAACGGUUCAGCCCUUUCUCUUUGAACGUGUCGGACUUGUUGAGCAGGUGGAAGAAGCAGAACAUGCUGGAAACACUCAGCAGGAAGUGGAUCCAAUCCUUACCAGCAACUGGAAAAAAGUGCUGUCCUUCAAGAGGCCCGUAUAUUCAAUGAAACACCAUUAAAUCCAAGAAGAUGCUUGCAUAUCCUUACAAAAAUCCUCUACCUUCUCAACCAGGGAGAACAUUUUGGAACAACAGAAGCCACAGAAGCCUUCUUUGCAAUGACUAAGCUCUUUCAGUGUAAUGAUCAAACCCUUAGAAGAAUGUGUUACCUGACAAUUAAGGAGAUGGCUAACAUUUCAGAAGAUGUGAUAAUAGUCACAAGCAGCUUAACCAAGGACAUGACGGGGAAAGAUGAUGUAUGCCGAGGUCCAGCAGUGAGGGCACUGUGCCGCGUUACGGACAUGACAAUGCUGCAGGGGAUAGAACGUUAUAUGAAACAAGCUAUUGUGGAUAAAGUGCCCAGUGUAUCCAGCUCUGCCUUGGUCUCCUCUCUGCACCUUGUAUCUACAAGCUAUGAUGUGGUGAGGCGCUGGGUAAAUGAGGCACAAGAAGCUGCUUCCAGUGACAAUAUCAUGGUGCAGUACCAUGCUUUAGGUCUUUUGUUUCAUAUCCGAAAGACUGACCGCUUAGCUGUUAUGAAAAUGAUAAAUAAAUUCACCAAGUGUGGCCUGAAGUCACCAUUUGCCAUUUGCAUGCUCAUCCGCAUUGCAAGUAAGCUCCUUGAGGAGAUGGAUGGUAGGCAGAACAGCUCCUUGUUUGAUUUCAUCGAAGGCUGCUUGCGCAACAAACAUGAAACGGUUGUCUAUGAAGCAGCAUCAGCCAUUGUCCGGCUUCCCAAAUGCACUAGUAGGGCACUGGCACCUGCAGUGUCGGUGCUCCAACUUUUCUGUAGUUCUUCCAAACCAGCUUUGAGAUUUGCUGCUGUUAGAACUCUCAACAAAGUUGCAAUGAAGCACCCAUCUGCUGUGACUGCCUGUAAUCUGGACCUUGAAAACUUGAUCACAGACUCAAACCGCAGCAUUGCCACACUAGCCAUCACUACGCUGCUGAAAACUGGCAGUGAGAGUAGCGUGGAUCGGCUCAUGAAACAAAUCUCGACCUUUGUGUCUGAAAUAUCAGAUGAAUUUAAGGUGGUUGUGGUGGAGGCGAUCAACAUACUUUGCCAGAAAUAUCCUCGCAAACACAAUGUUAUGAUGAACUUCCUGUCCAAUAUGCUAAGGGAUGAGGGCGGGUUUGAGUACAAACGUGCCAUUGUUGACUGCAUAAUUAAUAUCAUCGAAGAAAAUCCAGAGAGUAAAGAAACUGGCCUAGCCCAUUUAUGUGAGUUUAUCGAAGACUGUGAGCACACAGUGCUUGCCACUCGUAUACUUCACCUGCUAGGCAGGGAAGCACCCAAGACUUCAGUUCCUUCCAAAUACAUUCGGUUUAUAUUCAACAGAGUGGUGUUGGAGAAUGAAGCAGUGAGAGCUGCUGCUGUUACUGCAUUAGCAAAAUUUGGAGCCCAGAACGAGGAGUUGUUUCCAAGUGUCUUGGUUCUUUUACAGAGGUGCAUGAUGGACUGUGAUGAUGAAGUUCGUGAUCGUGCAACAUUCUAUGUGAAUGUAUUACAACAACGCCAGAAAGUUCUUAAUGCAAACUAUAUUUUUAAUGGUUUGUCCGUAUCUAUUCCAGGACUGGAACGAGCUUUGCAUCACUAUACCCUGGAACCUUCAGAUAAACCAUUCGACAUGAAGUCUGUGCCCCUAGCCACUGCUGUUAAUGUUGAGCAGAAAACUGAAAUGACCCCUGUUGCCAGUAAACAGCUAGAGAAGAUGGCAUCAUUGUGUCAAGACAUAUUCCAAGAACAACUUGCAGCAAUUCCAGAAUUCAAGAAUCUUGGCCCACUCUUCAAAUCCUCGCCACCGGUACAGCUCACAGAACCAGAAACUGAGUACGUGGUCCGUUGUAUCAAACACACGUUCAAAAAUUAUAUGGUUUUUCAGUUUGACUGCACCAAUACCCUGAAUGACCAGUUACUGGAGAAGGUCACCAUAGAGAUGGAGCCUUCGGAUUCAUAUGAUGUGGUUUGUUAUGUGCCAGUGCCAGCUCUUCACUUUAACCAACCUGGCUCCUGUUACACGCUGGUGCUGCUACCAGAGGAUAAUGCCACAGCAGUUUCCUGUACAUUCAGGUGCACAAUGAAAUUUGUAGUGAAAGACUGUGAUCCCAGCACUGGACUGCCAGAAGCUGAAGGCUAUGACGAUGAGUAUGUGUUAGAGGACAUGGAAGUGACCAUUUGUGAUCAUAUACAGAAGAUCUUGAAGCCUAAUUUUGCAGUUGCUUGGGAAGAAGUAGAUGAAUUUCAGAAAGAGGAAGCAUUUGCACUGUCUUCUGUGAAGACAUUGGAUGAGGCUGUGAAUAAUAUAAUUAGUUUCCUUGGCAUGCAGCCAUGUGAAAGAUCAGAUAAGGUCCUGCGAAAUAAAAACACCCACACUCUCUAUCUGGCAGGUGUUUUCAGAGGUGGUUAUGACGUCCUUGUACGUGCCAGACUAGCAAUGGCAGAAGGAGUGACAGUGCAAGUGACUGUCCGAAGUGCAAUAGAGAUGGCAGUGGAUGUGAUUCUGAGUUCUGUUGGUUAAGCUUACUACAGUUUCUCCCUUCAGGAAGUUUUGCAUGUUUUAAACUACUUAACUUUAAUAGGGACCAAAUUAGGUAGUAAAUUUAAAAAAAAAUUGUAAAAUGUUGAAACUGGUGUUUGACUUUACAGUUCCUUUUGUAAGCUGUGCAUGUGAGAGAAUGUUGAGUUUGCACCAAGGGCUGUCAUUUAGUGUUGUUGUAAUAUUCAUUUGAGUCCAGUUAAGGGCAUGAUUCCAAUGGGUGAACUGCUCUUGAACAGCAACAUUGUUGAAACUUUAUUUUUGGAUUGUUUUGUUCAGUUUAAAACAUCUGAAAAUUCUAGAGCCCUAUUAACAAAGAUGAUUUUUCUCAAGAAUAAAUUUUUCUACCAGUUGAAUCUCUUUUGCAACAAAGGCUGGGAAAAGUCUAGAAAAAUGCAUAUUUUUUCUUGGUCUGUCUCAAUUACAAACAGUGUAAUGUUUUAUUUGAAAGUUGUAAUGACUGAACAUUGUGUCAAAUGCUAAGCCUUGAGAAACAAUAAAACUGUCCACGCAGUUUAAAGAA